AUGCACUGUGGCGAAAGUGCUCGGGAGUCCAGUGCUCCACCGAAGGCUUCGGCGCCCCCAUCCUGCGGCGCGCUGUCGGCGGGCGGCCCCGCGGCCACGGUCCCGCAGGCGUCGAUCGCCCUCUCCAGCACCACGCCGCGGGGCAACGGCGCCGCCGCCAGCCUGCUGCAAUGGCACGCCCUGGGCGAGCCUUGGGGCCUGUUGCACAGCGCGAUGCUGCCCGUGCUGAAGCAGUGCGUAACACUAGGCCGGUGCGGUAUCGAUCGGUACGGUUGCCACGGCCGUUUGGCGCGGUACGGUACGAGCCAGUGCCGGUUGGCCGGCAUCUGGGCCACCUCUGGUAACGACCGUCUAGGGAUCAUCAUCGUGUCCGUUUUCUUCAGCCACGACUACCUGAUGUCCUGCGACCCUUCGCUGUAUGGAUACCCAGUGGCCGCUGGCUGCGAAUACACCAAGGCCUACGUGCGGUGCUUCCCCCUGCUGGCGCUGCUGGUAGCCAUCAUGGUUUCCUCGCGCAUGUUCCUGCAGCAUCGCAUGUACUACAGGCUGCUGAAGCACGGCGUGCUGCUGGACAUCGAGAACUUCUCCCCGCUGUCGGACCCGCUCUUCCUCUGCAUCUUGUUCUGUGUCGCGAACGCCUUCAUGCACUACGCCCUCCUGGUCUGGACGAGCGCCGGGCUCAGCCUGUUCAGCAACGUGUCCAUGGGCGCGCUGACCCCGGACGGCCUCAUCUCGGGGAAGGCGGACGAUGCCUCCGUCUUCUUCAUCGGGCCCGUGGUGCUGUACGUGGUCUACCUGUACGGGGCGUACGACACGGAGGCGAGCCUUUUGCCCCUGAGCAAGUACUUCGAGGAGGACCCGGAGACCGCUCGCAGGUCGCUCGCGGGAAUGGAGAUGAUCCAGGAGCCCGCCACGGCGGCCGCCGUCCGGCUGGACAUCUGCCCGACUGGGGAGGCUCUGGAGGCAGAGCUGCCGGACGACAUGGAGGAGCUCUUGGAGCUGCUGGUCAAGAAGGCCAAGGCGCGGCAGAGGGCCGCCGAGACGGACCCCGAGGCCGUCCCGCCGCUGUCGCGGUGGCGCUUAGUGUCCACCAUGUGGCCCGCAGAGCUCCUGCUCCGCGGGGGGCUCGCCGACGACGAGAGCCACAAGUUCCGGCAGUCGUGGUACUGCUUCUGCGCCCUGGCGCUCGCGGUGAUGAUCGGGAUCCUCUACUCCAACGUGGAGAGCCUGAUCGACAAGAUCGCGGACGUGCUCAACGGGCAGGCGAACACGGACACUGUCGGCGCGAUCGUCAUCGCGCUGCACAUCGCGCUCAACCUGUACCUGAUCCGCGUCGUGCUCAUCAACGUGACCUACCCCUGCCGCGCCUGA